CGUGACGUCAUCGGUCGGGGCCGCGGCCUUUUGCACAAGGGAAGGGAAACCUGGGAAUAGGAUGGCGGCGGGGCCGACGCGGCCCCCUCGGCCCCGGAAGGAGCCGCAGCCGCUGGUCAUCCCGCGGAGCGCAGCAGAGGAACAGCGCCUCAAGCUAGAGAGACUAAUGAGGAAUCCGGAUAAGACAGUUCCAAUUCCUGAAAAGCUCAAUGAAUGGGCACCCCGCCCACCUCCAGAAUUUGUCAGAGAUGUUAUGGGUUCCAGUGCUGGGGCUGGGAGUGGGGAAUUUCAUGUCUAUCGGCAUCUGCGGCGGCGGGAGUAUCAGAGGCAAGAUUUUAUGGAUGCCAUGGCUGAGAAGCAAAAACUAGAUGAAGAAUAUCAGAAGAAGCUCGAAAAGAACAAGAUAGCUGCAGAAGAACAGACAGCCAAGCGUAGAAAGAAGCGCCAGAAAUUGAAAGAAAAGAAAUUGCUGGCAAAGAAGAGUAAACUUGAACAAAAGAAUGAGCAUGCAGCUGCAGAUUCUGACCAUUCCCCCAAACAGCAGACCAGUGAAGAUGAGGCUUCUGAGGAAGAGGAGAAAGAUGAUGUGGAGGAACCCAGCUUUGUGAUGAAGAGAUGAUGGUGUUGGUGCUCUAGUUAAUAUCCAGCUAGUGUCAAGGAGCUGAAACCCGAGUUGAACAAGAGGGUUUUUCUGCUCUUUUGGACUUCACUGUGGCAGCAAUAUGGCCAUAAUAGUCCCAUGGGAUAUCAUUGCUGGAUCCAAGUCAGAUGAAAGCUGAUUUCAAACUUUCUUGUAUAACUGCUGUGCAGGGUUUCAGGGAAAAGUGUCAGCAUCAUAUAAUGCUCUAGUUCCUCUGCUAUUGGUCCAAAGUGACAUUUCUUUCUCAGUCUAUGUCUUUAAGUAGAUCUUCUCCUGAGAGACCUAAAUAUACAAAAUGGGUUUAUGUGGCUGAGAGAUGGACUUGACUUUGAGGCAGGAAAUAGUCUCUACUUUCCUGCAGGAAAAAAAGUUAAUUUCUUGAGUCUCUAUUUAUUUCUUGCAUUUCUGCUGCAAGAUAAGAUUUUCAGGAGCAUUCAUUACAUUCAGGAGCAUACUGCAUCUGAGUAUUUACUUAGGAUAAAGAAAAGACAAAGGCUAUCCUCUUUAUUUUCCAACAACUAAGAUGAUCUAGUGUUUCACUUUAGAAGUGUGUUGUUAAUUUUUAUUAUAAACAUUUCUGAAUAAAAAAGAGGAUAUCCAACUGUUUUUGUUUUCCUGCCUCUGAAGGAUACACACUGUGCAUUUUAUAUUGGACUUUUCAUCUGUGAAUUUGUCUACCAAAAACAUUUAGCUGUUUAAGAUAAAUGGAACUUCCAUAUUCAGUGGACUAUACCUUUGAGCACCAACUGUUAGGAAAUAGCAGUUCAUGAGUUUUUUAGGGUUAUCUGGCUGAUCAGUAUGAGAAACGAGAUGCUCAGUUAGAUACGUCAUUCUCAGUUUUAAUUUUUGUAUAAUUGUUAAGUGUUCUGUUCUUGAAAUACAGUUGCCACAUUCCCACAGAGUGGCAAGCCAGUAUUCUUUCUUCUGUUCGCUGGGGAAGAGAGGUGUGUUUGUAUAUACGGUCUGCCAAUAUCAGAAAUUAUGUCUUCGCCCAAUGUGUGAAUUUUGCAGUCAAGACCUAUGCAAAAAUAGGGGCUUCUGUAUGACUCCCACUUUACUUGAUUCAUCUACAAAAUUGAAAUAGAAAAAAGUGAUACUGAUAAAAAUUUCUAAUAAAGGUUUUAACUUUGCAA